AUUUCUCAACCUCAACCUCAACUUAUAUCUUCUUAAUUCUUUUUUUCUCUUUGAUGCAACCAAAACAUCAAAAACUUGUGUUGCAGAGUCCCUUUCUACACCUCUGUUAAUUUCUUUCAGGACGCCGCCUCCUCCCUCUAACGCCAUACCAGUUGUUACUGUGCCGCCGUCUCCGGUCAUCAUCACGGAGCACCAGCCACCACCGUGACGCCAUAAAACCAAUGGUUGCUGUCCAGAAGAAUGUGCUCCACAGUGCACGUCCAGUUUUCUCUCAAAAAUUUCUUAUCAAAGUGACCUUAUUACGGUAAUGACGAGUUCAUUUUACUUUAGUAUUUAUCCAAAUUCAUUGCUGUUUUUGAAUCAAAAUACCAUUUAAGAUUAUGUGAAGACUAGAUAUUUGUGAUAUUUGUGGAUGGUUCAGGAUUAGAUAUUUGUGGAUAGUUCAAUAGGGUCCGAUAGCAACAUAAACAGGGUCCACAAACCUUUCUAGGAUUGACUAUGGUAUCCACUUAGAAGAUUUUAAGUCAACCCUGUAGAGCUGGCUUAAUAAGGUGGUAUAUGCCUUCAUUUAUAUACUAUUAUUUAGCCAUUUCUUUGUGGGAUCUCCAGCAAAAUUUACAAUGUAACCUCAACUUCUCACUUUAGAGGAAUUAAACCUUCCUGUAAAAAAAUCUUUGAAAAGGGCAUUGAAUUUUACCAUCACUCAAGGCGGAACCAAUGUUGACGCCAAUGACUAUAAUUGUUAUAAUAACACAUUUAAAGCAUGGAGGAAAAAUUGCAGCAGAAACCAAAUCUAGCAUUUCACAAUCUUGCUUUCACAACCAGUUUCUAAAUCUCCAACUCAAAAACUUGUAUAUUUCUAAUUGAAUCCCAAUUCUGGAAAAGUGGGGCUGAACCCUUUUUCAGUUACAAUGAAUGAAAAUGACUUUAAUCAAAAGGUUCAAGCUUUUAGCAGGUUUUGUACCUUCAUGACUUUGCCUAUAUUCCACCUCAUCUUUUGCGCCUUCAACUAUUUAUAAGCUGGUGUGCUCUCCACUAUUGAUUCUGCCACCCUUUUGUAUUUGUGCUGUUGUUAUUAUUUGUUUUGUUGCCAUGCUUUAGAUUGAUGAUUAUGGUUUUUGUGUAGUGUCUCUCUUGGUAAUUGCUGAAUGGACACUAGAAAACUGCUAUCCCUUUUGAGAACUUGUAAGAAUUCAAAGUCACUGAAGCAAGGCAAGCUCAUUCAUCAGAAAGCUGUAACAUUGGGAUUGCAAAAUGAUAUAUAUUUAUCCAAGAAUCUGAUUAACCUAUAUCUUUAUUUCCAUUUGUAUGAUCAUGCAAAGUGCGUUCUUGAUACCAUGAAAAACCCAUGUGAGAUAUCCUUGUGGAAUGGCCUGAUGGCUGGUUACACUAAGAAUUACAUGUAUGUGGAAGCCCUAAAGCUUUUUGAGAAGUUGUUACAUUACCCUUACCUGAAACCUGAUAGUUAUACUUACCCUAGUGUUAUUAAGGCUUGUGGGGGGUUGUGUAGGUUUCUGUUGGGAAAAAUGAUCCAUACAUGCUUGAUAAAAACUGGUUUAAUGAUGGACAUUGUUGUUGGAAGCUCUCUUGUGGGAAUGUAUGCAAAAUGCAAUGCAUUUGAGAAAGCCAUAUGGCUGUUCAAUGAAAUGCCUGAGAAGGACGUGGCAUGCUGGAAUACCGUAAUUUCUUGUUAUUACCAAAGUGGAAACUUCAAAGAAGCCCUACGGUAUUUUAGCCUGAUGAGGAAAUUUGAAUUUGAACCUGAUUCAGUUACAAUCACAACUGCUAUUUCCUCGUGUGCCAGACUUUUGGAUUUGAACAGGGGAAUGGAAAUUCACAAGCAGUUGGUUAAUAGUGGGUCUCUGCUGGACAGUUUCAUUACCUCUGCUCUUGUUAACAUGUAUGGAAGAUGUGGUCACCUUGAAGAGGCUCUCGAGAUUUUUGAGCAGAUGCCUAAAAAGACUGUUGUUGCUUGGAAUUCCUUGAUUAAUGGAUAUGGUUUGAGAGGUGACAGCAUAUCAUGCAUUCGCCUUUUAAAGAGGAUGUACAACGAAGGAGUCAAGCCAACUUUGACUACUUUAUGUAGUUUAAUAAUGGUUUGUUCACAUUCUGCUCGACUACUAGAGGGAAAGUUUGUACAUGGAUAUAUAAUACGAAACAUAAUACAACCUGAUGUUUUUAUUAUUGGCUCACUUAUGGAUCUAUACUUUAAAUGUGGAAGGGUAGGGUUAGCCGAAAACAUCUUUAAAUCAAUACCAAAGUCCAAGGUAGUUUAUUGGAAUAUCAUGAUUUCUGGAUAUGUGACUGAAGGAAAACAUUUUGAAGCCCUUGCCCUGUUUAGUGAAAUGAGAAAAUCUUAUGUUGAGCCAGAUGCUAUUACUUGUACCAGUGUUUUAGCAGCUUGUUCUCAACUAGCAGCACUAGACAAAGGUAAAGAGAUUCAUAAUCUGAUCAUGGAGAAAAAAUUGGACAACAAUGAAGUGGUUAUGGGAGCUCUCCUGGAUAUGUAUGCAAAGUGUGGCGCAGUAGAUGAAGCAUUCAGUGUUUUCAAAUGUUUGCCAGAAAGAGAUCUUGUGCUCUGGACUUCAAUGAUUACGGCUUAUGGAUCCCAUGGUCAGGCCUAUGAAGCUUUGGAGCUUUUUACUGAAAUGCUGCAAUCCAAGGUAAAACCUGAUAGGGUUUCUUUUCUUGCUAUAUUAUCCGCUUGUGGCCAUGCUGGGUUGAUUGACGAGGGAUGCCAUUACUUCAAUCAAAUGAUGAAUGUUUAUGGCAUUAAACCUGGAGUUGAACAUUAUUCAUGCUUGAUUGAUCUUCUUGGACGUGCUGGAAGAUUGCAUGAAGCAUACGAGAUUCUACAUAGAAACCAUGAAAUCAGGGAUGAUGUUAGGUUGCUAAACGCAUUAGUUUCUGCAUGCCGUUUGCACAAAAAUAUUGAUCUAGGAGCUGAAAUUGCUAGAGUUCUUAUUGAUAAGGAUCCCGAUGAUUCAUCAGCCUACAUUCUCUUGUCAAAUAUGUAUGCUUCUGCGCAUAAAUGGGAUGAGGUACGGAAGGUGAGAUCAAAGAUGAAGGAACUUAGGUUAAAGAAGAAUCCAGGGUGUAGUUGGAUUGAGAUUAACCAAAAGAUCCUGCCUUUUUUUGUUGAAGACAAUUCACACUUGCAUCUAGAAUCUGUUAAUAAAUGCCUUUCAUAUCUCAUUGGUCACAUGGAUGAUGAGUCUAAACGAUUUAUAUAUCAUUUUGAUGUUGAAACACUGAGACUUUGCUAGUUUUACAAUUAGCUUGGAAGUGUUGUUCCAAGAUAGCAAGGCUACAAUAUUAUGCAGAGAAUUUGACAGAGGGGCCAAGAGGGAGAGAAACGAGUGUAUUGUAUUU